CAUAACUUUCUUGAGAUUUGUUUGGUACAGGUUGCCAGGACUGUUAAGAAAUACUAUUAGAGAUAUUUAACAGGAAUAUUAAUACUUGCCACCCCUGAAAACCAGGUUUUAUUUAAAAUGAAUUGAAGAUCAUUUCACUUUAUUCCACUGUUAGGACAGGUGUCUGAUUAGACAGUAUAGCAAAGCUUAAGACAAGAUGAGAUCUGCUGUAUUGUGGCUCCUAAGUCUCUACAGUUGUCUGUCACAUGGUUACAGGAUUGAGACCAUCCAGCGUUGUGGAUCACACUGUAAUCAGGGAUUGCGCUGUAAAACAAAGUCUGACUUAUAUUUUCCACAAUGCAAGAAACCUCCCAAAGGCCUCCAAGACAAUGUGUCCCUCGACAUGAGUGUCUCUACAGUAAUGAAAUGUGAAGGGCCACAGCAGUGCUCACUUUUCCUCCAAGUGAGGAGUACUUUGUUGAUGAAUGAACAUGUGAAGGGUGUUUCCAUAUGCACAGUUGCAGCAGGCAUGAUGGAACGCUGCAGGACCCAUACCUUCCCUAAAGCAGUUCGGAAGCACCUCAGUACACAGCAGGUUCAAGUUCAAGACAACUGCUUUGAAGUGGCUGUAGGACAAAACGUCCAUGUUACACUGAAAACAAGCCCUGAUUUCUGUCAUUUGAGUGUUUCCAAAACCUACAAUGUUCCAGGAUGCAACCACGCUGAUCUUCAAAACAACAUCCCAGAAUGCAUUGUAGGGAAAAUCACAUACCAGCUGGACACUGAGAGAAGAGCGCUGUCUGUAUCAGUGACCAACAUGCUGGAGAACACAGACUACAACCUCAGGCUGUGUCACAAGGGAUACUUCUGUCGUGGAACUGGAACCUAUGUACUUUUAAAAAAGGAAGAUCCGAUAAAGAAUGUGACACUGCAGUAUGCCAGACCACUGCCUUGUUUGUGUAUUGAGGGUUGGUCCUCUGUGUUUGAUGCACCUCGAGUACAAGUCUGUCCCUUUAAAAAUAAUAUGGAGGAGUUGUGGUCAGGCGUGGCCUUUGAUUCAGUAGAGCAGAUGUUAUCAUGGGAACCGGCAUGUCAGACUGACGUUGAUGUCACUUUGUGUCAAAGAAACGGAGAGGUCUGUGAGAAUCUGCCCAAAGCCACGCAAUCUGUUUCCAAGACGAAGGUUUUGUUCUCCACAGUGGAUCCACACCCACAACUUUGCAUGAAGUUUACUACAAAAACAGCUACCUGGAUAAAGUGUCCAUUUGCUGGCAGUGGUUUUACAGCAUGGGACAUAGGAGUGGCCAUGGAAAAUGGCAAGACGCAGCUGGUAGUGACAUCAAAGAUCAGACCUACGCUUUUGAUAAGUUUCUGUCACAUGACUGGGCCCUCAGCAUGUGAGGAAAACAAAGAUGCUAUCACCCUCAAUGUUGAGAAAUAUCAAUCGGUGGUACCCAACCUCACCUUCAGCAUGUGUGGUCAAAAUUGUUGCAUUCAGGUAAAAAGAGUUGAUGUGAAGUAUGCCGCCACAAUUCUCCACUGUGACUUCAAAUCCUUAGCUCCGACUGGAGAGGCACCAGCCUUUGCGCCCACCAGUAGCCACUGGGAGACUGUGUGGAUAGUUGCACCAGCUGUGGGACUGCUGACUGCACUACUCGUGGUGCUCUUCGUGGUUGGAAUCGCACUCACAACUAUCAUACUUUAUCUGAGACUAUGCGGUGGGACGUUGUGCAGCAAUGUUGGUGCUGGUCAACUUAAUGCUGCCCAAUGCUCAGCAUCUGUUUAUUCAAGGUCAAAGUCAUUUAUUGCAGGCUCAGUGAAAUCUUCUCCAUCUUCUCCUCAAAAAGCACUGCCACGCAUUUACUAUAAUUACCCAACUACUGAGGAUAAUUUUGAGAAUGAAAAUAAAAAUAUAUUGAAUUGGGUCAAAAAAGAUUUAACAGCAGUUUAAUUGUAUUUCUGUCACUGUAAUGUCACUACUUCAUGUGGGUGAGUUUUUCAUUUAAGCCUGCAAGGAUCCAAGAAUUGUUCAAACUAGUGUACGUUCAAACCUAAUUUGAGAGUGUAACCCAUUUAUGAUAUAUUUUUUGUAGUUGUAGUUGUAGUCUUCAAACAUUUCAGCAUUUCAACACUUCUAGUCAUGUCUGGCUUGAUGAAAGACAUUUGUGAAUUGAGAGCCUGGUAUGGUUAUCUGAUUCAGUAUGUACAUAAGCAUUGCACUAGAAAUUGUAUGAAAGAUUUAUUUUUGUUAUCUAUUUUUUAAAGUUUAUAUUUAUUUAUUCAUAUAUUCAUGAUGGGUCAUCUGAGAGUAAGAAUAGCUCUUUUACAGUGGCACUCUGAGAGAAUGACCACUGAAACCCUAAAGGUGUAGUCCACCAUUCUAAUCCCAUACACCUCUUUGUUCAUACACUGACACAGGUCUUUUAAUGGUAAACAAACAUAGUGUCUUGGACCGCGCUAUAAACAACUCCACCUACGGCAUGGUGCUCUAGGUGCAUGGAAGGAUGGGAAGGAUAAUGUCAUUGCUGUAUUGAG